CCAGCAUGCUGAGCACGUUAGGGGAGAGGAAAAAUACAGCAGCUCACAGCCGGCCAUUUCGGCGUAACUGCUCCACCCCAGCUGCCCAUACUGGGGACAAUUACUUUAACUUUACCCCACGCUACUCCACACAAACCCUGUUGGAGGGGCCCGACACAGAGGUGAAGACCUCGAAAAUCCCAGCUCCUGGCUUGUUCUCGUAUAACUUGAACUUCUCCUCAGAUAUUUCUAACAUGGACAGCGAACUCUCCUACCCGGCCCUCGUGGUCAAGAGACUUUCACUGGGCGAGGGAUCUCUGUUUCCCUCCGAGCCCAAGAAAGAGAGCAUGGCUGAGGUCAGUUUGAUUUGCGAGGAAGACCUGUUGGACACUAUUUUUCAGGCCUGUGACACACAGUGCAGAGAAAAGUGAAGCCAAAACAUCCCAGUAUGGCCACUGUCAUCUUGUGAAAAUGACGUCAUUUGGAGCUUGAGUCUGUGUAGUAGUGAUCGUCAGGUGGAGCCGCAGUAUCAAAGUCACACCCAAACUCCCGCAGACCCAAUCGUCCCGUUUUUAUGCCAUCAAAUAAUGAACUAAAUGCAAAUUUAUUAAAAGAACAAACAUACAUUCGUAUCACACUAACUACCUAAAAUGAUGGAAACCAUCUUUGGGAAAAUUUUAUUUGAAAUGUAAUUUGAUUAUUUAUUUUAGCUCACAUCCCAUUCUCUUAAAUGGAGAGGUAGGGGUUUAUGACCUAUACUGCAGCCAGCCACCAGAUGGUGAUCGAAAUGUUUUGGCUUCACUUUUCAGGUCGUGUGCGGCACACUUGCUCUGUACCAUUUGUGCUGCUGAUACAAAUAAAAGCGUGGUUAUAUUUAUUGUAUGAUAAAUUUCACAGGCAAAAUUUGUGCAAUUUGAGAGUUUCGAAGGAAGAAAGAUUUUCCCAUGCAGAUUUUGCACUGGGUUCAAGAUGGUGACGCGAAUAUGAAGUUGAAGUCUUCUUUUUUUUAAGA